CGGGAAGAUGUAUGUGGAUGUAGGAUAAGAAGGCCAUCGAUCCGCAUCUUGCGCGUCGAGCGGACGAGGUCGAAAACGCUGUGGUCUACUCUAGUUCCGCCCGUUGACCCAGAGUCACGCCGACGAAAGGGAAAGUCGGCUACGGCCACUCAGCUCCACUCUUCCUUCCUCACCCUCACGUUCUCUUCCAGCCGGCUAGCAUGUAUAACGGCAUUGGCCUCGCCACGCCGAGAGGCUCCGGCACCUCCGGCUACAUCACAAAGAAUGUCUCGCACUAUCGCCCGCGCGAAGACUACCGCAAUGUCCAGGAGAAACCCACCCUCAACCGCCAGCCAGAUGCAGGCAUUCUCGAGCAUGAUCGCAAGAGGCGCGUAGAGGUGAAAUGCAUGGAGCUGCGCGACCAGCUCGAGGAUCGCGGCCUGCCCGACGCAGAGAUCGAGCAACAAGUUGGGGAGCUGAGGAAGAGCUUGCUUGCUGCUUCGCAAGGACCGGGGCCAGCGAGGGGUGGGCCGAGUCAUCAAGAGAUCAAGAAUCUCCGCCCUUCAGACGUACACGCCCGCGGUGUAGCUAAGCAGAGGGAAGUCGAGUCCUUUGGCCGGGCGUUGCGCAUCGAUCCCGAAUAUCAGGAGGGUCAAGCUUGGGACAAGGAGCUACAGGAGCGGCGCAAGCAGGAGAGAUUUGAGGCAAAGAGACGCAAGCUGGAAGAAGAGGAGGAGCGAAAGCGCGAGUGGGCAGAGAAGCGUGAGAGAUUGGCGAGGGAGAGGGAUGAGUUUGAGAGGGAGAUGAGGAGAAAUCGCGAAGAGAGGGGCAGGAGAGGAUACGAGAAUGAGGAGCGCAGAGACGCCAGAGAUGGACCGCCGGGCAAGAGGCCACGCCGCUCUCCUUCGCCUGCACCGAGAAGCGGACGGCGCUACGACAGCGCCUCUCGUUCGCCUUCCCCACCUCCACGACGCCGCCGAUCAGACGACGAGGACGACCGAGACUACCGUCGUCGCUCCCUUUCUCCACCGCCUCGUCGACGACAGCCCAGCUUCACUCCCUCCGACGAUAGUCGCGGUCGCGGCCCGGGUCGUGGACGCAGAGACAGCUACUCGAGCCGAGGACGCAGCUACAGCUACAGUCGCAGUCGCAGCCGGAGCUAUAGCCGAUCACCAAGCCGCAGUCGCAGCCCUCCACCAGACGGUCGCCGUCGUCGCACUCCACUCAGCGAGGCCAGUCGCUCGCCCUCGCCUCCUUCCGGACGUCGUGAAGCACCGCCGCCGCGAAGACAGCGCAGGGACUCUCGUGAUGCAAGCCUUAGCGAGAGUAGGAGCUCCUCGUUGCCCCCUUCUCCUCGCCGUCGUGCUGCGGAAGAGGAUGCGAGGAGGAGUGGUCGUGGCGCGAGACGAGAUGAUAGCAGGGGAAGGAGCAGAAGCCGGAGCAGGAGCGUCGAUAGUAGUAGUAGCUACUCUGGUAGCAGUCGCUCGAGUAGGAGCCCUUCGCCUCGACGUUGAAGAAGCUCAAGAGCAGGACGAAGCUUGUUUCCGACUAUCAAUGAUCAUCAUAUCCAAUCGCAGAAGCUUCAGGUAGACCAGACUGCAACUCAUCUCUCUCACUCUUCUUGGCCUGUUC